UCGUAAUUUAAAAAUUCUCAUUAGGCUCGAAUUUUUAAUCAUAGAGAUUGUUUCAACCAAGUUGAGCUAUCGAAUGGACGAAAUGGAUCAAGCAUUUGUAUUAUAUGAUAGUUUUUCAAUGCGACAACUUAUUGACUGAAUACUUGUGAAUGAAGUUGUAGGAAUUAAAUGCGCAGUAUAUACAUAUUGUAUACGCAAGUGUAUAUGAGCAAUCUAUAUAUGUCUGUAUACACACAUAUAACCUUCGUUGCAGCUGACAAUUGAGGUUCAGGUCGACGUACCCCAACGUCGUCGUCCAGGAUAAAUAAUUUACGAUAGUUUCAACUCCGAUCCUUUCAACACCCAUUUAUUCUUUGUCGUUUUUAUAAUUUUCUUGUUUUUGAGCGCGUUACAUAUUUUUGUUGUAAUCUUCCAAUGUUGACCUCGAAAACGACCCACGAAAAUUCUCGCUACGAUUCUCUCAACGUCGUUUGAUAUUAUGAUACUUGAUGCUAGACAAGAGUUUGACAAUACUACGUUUUUGAAAGUGAGAAACCAGAUAUGGAGUAUGACAUAGAUGAACGCAGGGACGAAGGAGAACUCAACGAUGCUCAGGAAAGGGCUGAACGUAUUGUGUUACUCGAUGAGAGAGAAAAUGCAGUGGCUGAAGGGGAGAAUCAGGGUGGAGAAGAGAAUGCCGAAAGCGACGUGGAGCAAGAAAUAACAGGAGAAGCGGACGAGCGAGCGGAGGAGAGCGACGAAGGUGCCAAAAGAGCAAAGAGAGCAAAAUUAGAAGCGCCAGCAGAGUCAGAAACGAAAAACGAUUCGGACGAGGAGGAUGCUGACACGGGACAAAUAUGCCCGAUUUGUAUGGACACUUGGAGUAAUUCAGGGGAUCAUAGGUUGUGUUCGUUGCGCUGCGGCCAUCUGUUUGGUCACAAUUGCGUUUUGAAAUGGCUCCAGGUGGGUUGCACGGCGGGAAAUCGAAGAUGUCCUCAAUGCAACAGGAAAGCAGCUGUGAAAGACAUAAGAAUAUUGUACGCUCGAAAAGUGUCUGCUAUCGACACGGUCGAAAUUGAAAAAUUAAAAAAAGAAUUGACUGAGGUUACUGUAGAGAAAAAUCGAUUGGAAAUGGAAGUUUCAAAAUGCCAUUUACGACAAAAGUUAUACGACCAACAACUGGCGAGCAUGGCUUCAAGAAUGGCCGAGCUAGAGAGGCAGCAGACAGAUAUGAGUCUACGACUGAACGAGAGUGUUUCGAGGACGUCCUCGCAUAAAUUUUAUCUGGAAAAGACUCUGGAGAUCUCGAAAGACGGUGGAUGUCGGGUGCUCGAUUACAAUCCUUGGGAAUGUUGUAUAGUCGUCUCUCAAAAAUCUGCCAAUCCCCUUUUCUCUGGUUAUGGAGUGAGAAAGAUAAAUACAGAAAUGAUGCAGGCUGGGCCUUACAUACUACUGCACAACCAGGCAAUAAGAGACUUGGCAUUUCAUCCCACCCAACAGAGUCUCCUGUUGAGUGUGAGUUUCGACAAAACCGUGAAAAUCGUUGAUAUCCAUAACAACGUUGUGGUCCACGGUUACCCCGUAGAUUCUCAGCUCUGGAGUGGCUGCUGGUCCGCUGAGGAUUCCAAUAUUUUACUCGUUGGUGGACAGAACGGUUCCAUAACCGAAUUCGACAUCAGACAAACGAACGGAGCGAUCGCUACUCACGAGAGUCCCAGCGACCGUUCACCAGUUGUCUCUCUUGCUACUGUACCUGCAAAUUCGGCCGGUGGAAUGGGAAGAGGUGGAUUCAUUGCUGCUCAUCUCAACACUUGCUACGCAUACGAACACAAAGAUCCCUCGCUCUGGUCGACUAAACAAAUGUUUCUCGAAGGUCCUUUUAUUUCCGUUCGUUAUGACGAGAAAAAUCAUCACGCCCUCAUAUCCUCCAGGCCGAACGCCAGAACACCCAAUUCUCGUCACACUGUUUUCAGUAUCGAACAAGGCAACGAAGAAGCUCUCGUUUGCAACAUUGUUCACACUUUCAAUGGCGGCAAUUCUCAACAAAUGCUCUCACGCCCUUGUCACAUCAACGUCGGCGACGAUACCUUAAUCGCUGCUCAUCAAGAAUCCACCAAAUCUAUUCCAUUAUGGAGCAUCUCCUCCGGCAAACAAAUGUACAGUCUUCCAGUCUCGGAUCCGGUACUCGACAUGUGCUCCUUUCGAUCCAACGAUAAUAUCUUUCUCGCUACACUAUCGUCCACCAAACUCAGACUCUACAAUCACGGAUAAAUUAAUCUCUUUAGUUUUUCGAGUUCAUAUCAUGCUCUUUUCUUCAUUUUUUAAGUAAAUAUUUGUAUGUAUUAAGCAUGUUUUACACGUUCAUUCCCAGCCAAAUAUCCAUUCGAUCACAUCCAGUAUUGAACUGUUUUGCGAGAGUUUCGAAAAAAUUUCGCUUUCUUCGCACGAACUGCGGUUUGAACUAAUAGUGAUCCCAAUAAGCUUAUCAAAUUUUUGUACAUACCAAUGUCAAAUGAUUAACGCUUUUGCAAACGCGCGAACUUCGAUAUCAAAUUUUUUCCGCAAUUGCACGCUUGAAAAAUUCACUGUAAGUGCUUAGGAUAUUUUGCUUUUAGGUGAAUUCCUAAUAUUUUCACACAUUUCUCUGAACAAAGGAGUCGUAUCGAAUAAAUUUUUCGGCUGUGAAAUCACCUGUAAAAUAUUUUCGAACAGACGAGUGAAAUGAAAAAACUCCAAAGUACACACGCAUCUCAAAAACGUCUCGAAUUUUCGCAGGAAUGAAAGACUGAAAACUGAAUAAAAAUAUCAUCAAACGCUCUGUCACGUUGACCACAAUCGCACCCCUUUCCUCCACGUUUUUCUUUUUCUAGACAAAUGUACAGCCUUUAGAGAAACGACGUUCUGAUAAAACGAUUUAAAGUUAAAUCUAAGGACUAGUAAUUACAUAUAUAUAAAUAUAUAGAGACAGAGAUAUUGUUUUUCUUUUUAUACGAAAUACGAUAUUUAGCGUUAAGAGAAUUUUGUGAUACGGGAGUACGGAAUUUUACACGAAAAGAACAAAUAAAUAUUGGAAAUAACGAAAAUAGAAACUAAUGUUUCAACUAA